GUCAUGGAGGUGAAGAAGGCGGGAAUGGCGGAAUCAAUGCUGGACGACGUGGAAUCUCUGCCCCGCGGGGGCUUUCGGUGUCGCCUCUGUCACGUGACGGUGGCCAAUAAACCCAGCCUGGACGAUCACCUCCGAGGGAAGAAGCACCAGCGCCUGGAAAGCCUCCGCUCUGUUCGCCAGACUCAAGAGCUUCGCAGUGUUUUUGUGAGUGGCUUCCGCAAAGGGACGCCUGCCUCAGAGCUGAGUGACUACUUCCAGACCUAUGGGGAAGUCAUCAAUGUGGUGAUGGACAAGGAUAAGGGUGUCUACGCCAUUGUAGAGCUACAGGACAAGGAGGUCCUGGAGAAGGUGUUGGCACAGCCCCAGCACAGCCUGGGGGGUCAGAAGCUGCGCGUCAAGCCUCGGGAGAAGAAAGAUUUCAAAUACACCCAGCCCAGGAAGCAGGGGUCUGCCAAGCGAGAGCAGCUGAGCCCCAAGAAGUUGGCACAGGAACUCUGCCAAGCCGAUGAUGUGGAUGCCCAGAUGUCUCUGCUGGUGCAGCAGUUUGAGUUUUCGGAGGGUGAACGGCGCCUGCGGGAUUUGCUGGUCACUCUCUUCCAGGAAGUAUUCUUAGAGUUUUUCCCUGGCUCCGCCAUUCUCCCCUUUGGCUCCUCGGUGAACGGUUUCGAUGUCUCUGGAUGUGACCUGGAUUUGUUCCUAGACCUUGAGAAGACCAAAAAAUUCCAAGCAUCUGCCAAGAGUCCUAUUGAGCCACUGGAUGGGGUCAGCCCUGAGGUGGACUCACACUCCGAGGAUUCAAUCCUGAGCGAUAUCGACCUCGCCUCAGCCAGUGUGCCCGAGGUGCUCGAGUUGGUCGCUACUGUGCUACGGAAGUGCGUCCCGGGUGUCCACCAUGUCCAGGUCGUGCCAAAUGCCCGUUGUCCAGUUGUCAAGUUCUGCCACAAGGAGUCUGGCCUGCGUGGGGACAUCUCCAUCGAUAACAAGCUGGCGCUCCGCAACACGUGCUUCCUGCAGCUUUGCACCGAGGCAGACGAGCGGGUGAGGCCAUUGGUUUACGCUGUGCGCCACUGGGCCAAGCAACAGGUGUUGGCAGGGAACCCAUUCGGUGGUGGCCCCCUCCUCAAUAACUAUGCUCUGACCCUGCUGGUGCUCUUUUUCCUGCAAACCCGCAGCCCGCCGGUCCUACCCACAGUUGCCCGCUUGAAGGAACUGUCCGAGGACGAGGAGCAGACCGUGGUGGAUGGCUGGGACUGCGGCUUCCCCAAGGAUUCAGCCCAGCUGGAGCCGAGCUGUAACACAGAGAACCUUUGCACCCUGCUGGCCGAGUUCUUCCGUGUCUUUGGUGACUACGACUUUGUAGGCUGCGUGAUCUCGCUCCGGGAAGGCCAGCCACUGCCUGUGCCCAGCAUCCUGGUGUCCGAAGCGAGCAGCAAACUCAAGCUGGGGCCCCUCAACCUCCAGGACCCCUUUGAGCUGAGCCACAACGUGGCCGCCAACGUCAACGAGAAGACGGCAUUGCGGUUCCGGCGCUGCUGCCAGGCGGCGGCCAAGUACUGCCGCAGCUUGCAGUACCAGCGCAAAUCCAGCAAAGGCAAGAUCUGGGGCUUGGUGCGCCUCUUCCAGCCGGGCACCGCCGAGACUGAGGCCCCAGCUGCCACCGGGCUCGUCAUCGGCCUCCCCCUGACUCCGGCUUUGCUGCCUGCCCAGACCCGCGAGCAGCUGUGCCAAGCUGGGGACCUCCAUUGGCGCUGGUUCCAGAGAGUCUGUUCCGGCAUCACCUUUGUCUUGAAGGACGUGCUCCGAUGCAGCUGCUUAAAGGUGCGAGAGGGGUUGGAGCGGGAACAAGGAGAAGCUGCUGAACGUCAACAGGGAGAACAGCAGAGAGAAGCAACCGCUGAGCAGCCACUGUCGGCAGGGCGCAAGCGCUCCCUGGACGAAGAAGAAGCAGCAGGUUCGUCCUCUCCUUCCCCUAAGAGGCUGCGGACAGAUCCUUCAUUCCCAGAGGAGGAGAGCAUGGCUUGGGACUGUGCUGUCUGGCACAAGGUGUGGCUGGGACGCCGCCGAGUCAGGCGGCAGCUCUGCGGGCCACAGCCCGACCCGCAGUGCCCGUCUGGCUCUCUGGAGCUGGAGGCAAAAGUAUCCGAGGCCAUUUCCUGGCAGGACGGGGAGGCGAGGCCUGCAGACCCUCUGUUGCAGUUUACCAUUCAUGCCCAAGCAGGGGCUGAUGCUUCUGGUGGGCUGGAUACGCGCAUCAGCUUGCGCUUCGAGCCGGCUCCCGAGCAUGCGGCCGCCUUCCAAGAGUUCUUCCACUUCUUGCAAGGGUUCUUGCCCCGAGCGGUGGAGCAGCGCCUAGUGAGUGAGGCCUGA